GCAUCACCCGCCAUCCAUCCGCGGCCACGCCUCCGCUCGAAGCUUACGUCGUCCAGUGCACCUCGAUCCGGCCAGCACUCUGAUCGUGCUGUAGCGAGCGAUUUUGCGCGUGCAGGUGCGGUGUCUGAUCUAUGCUACGAGCAAUGACUCAUCUGCAUCGACCUCAUCAGCCAGCAUAUCUCGAUCGCCCAGCAGCAGCAACCGUCUGCGCCUCACGCGCCUCAGCCUCUAGGCCUCUCAGUCGAUCCUUUCCCACUUCGCUCACGCGCUCAAGUCGCGGAAGCAAUUUGCAGAGGGCACAGCUCACCGAAAUAGCGGAACAGUCUGACCAGCAGGCGAUCGACUGCGCAGGACGAGGUUCUCAUUCUAUAGUCCAGCAGUCGCAGCAGUCAAGAAGCAUAGAUUCGACUUCUGCUGCGACGCGCGCCUCGCAGACAAAUCAUCUCGCGGAAUUGCUGUUCAGCCCACAAAAACAUCGCGACGACGCCCGUGACGAUCAAAAAGUCACGCACAGCGCAGGCCCUUCCCACCGAUCGAUCAACACUUUGACGAGCGGGAUUGAGUUGACUGCUGCUGGAUGACUGCGUAAGCGCUUCAGCGCGGCAUCGUCUUCAAGGCAGCAGCCCGCGUACCCAAGACGGUCAUCGCGUCUGCGCUCAGCACACGCGCUCGGGAUAGCCCGAGGCGUGUUUGGUCGAUCAGUCAUACUUGAUUGGUGACUGCUUCUGCUGGUCCUGCUGCUGCACCUAUAGGUUCG